UCUCUCUGGGCAACUGUCAGCCUUUCAGGGACGUUUGCUUUCUGCCCAAGGAGAAACGUUCCCCUCUGGAGGCUUGGGCUGCAGGCAGCUCUGGGGGCCACCAGUUCCCAGACGUCCAGACCGGCUGGCCUUUCAGUAGAGCUGGUAGAGCAGGAAACCCCUGGAAGCAACAGGGCACACCUCCUCUGGCCCAGUGCCGCCCUCUGUGAACCAACACCUCAGCCUCCGCAGGCCAUCAAGCCGCCAUGCCAGACGCCCUAGCGGAAGUGGAGCCGAAGGCUGCCCAGCCUCAGGUUGCUGAAAAUCCUUUGGAGACGGAACAGGCAAAGCGCAAGAAAAAACCCAAGCUUUUGAAGAUGGUUCCCACUAGCUUGAUCAAGUUCCACACUUUCCAAAACAAAGAAAAAAGUCAGGCUGGGGCCACAUCCCCCAUUACGAAGAAGCCAAAAGAAAAUUUGGAGGGUCCCUGCGGCUUGGGCUGUAUAGUUAUUUCCAGAUGUCAGCGUUUCAACACGCUCCAUUGCUUCCUGGUUUUCUACUGCCUCCUGAUCACGUCUCAAGGUAUUGUGUUUGGUCUCAAAGAACUGAGCAUAGACACUUUUGAAGAAGGCAAUCAUCUGAAAGAUGUGGAGAAUUUAUUGUUGCCUUUGACUUAUGAUAUUUCAUCUUUCCUGGUAGCAGUGUUUAUAGCAUACUACGGAGGGAAAGGAAACAUACCAAGAUGGGUUACAUUUGCCUCCUUUUUAGUGGGAUUUGGAUCACUUUUAUUUGCUUACCCAUACUUUACUGAGGGAGAUUUUAAAGCAAAUGUAGAUAUUGAAGAAGAUAUUUGCCAAGAAAUGAAGACUGUCCAGGCUUGCAGGAAAACUGUAUCAUCAUUCCAUGUGAAAUAUUUAGUUUCCUUCAUCCUGGGGCAGACUGUGCAGGGAGUAGCAGCAAUGAUUCUUUAUAUCCUUGGCAUAGUCUUUAUUGACAACAGUGUUGCCAUACACUCAGCUGGUAUUUAUAUAGGUAUAAUGGAAGCUUCCUUUGUAUUUGGAUGUUCUCUGAGUUAUGGGAUAGCAGCACCCCUUUUGAAGGGCACUAAGAACAGAACUUCUGCAAUUAAUGUUGAAGACAGUUAUGACAUUCAAAGCUGGCUGCAGCAUUGGUGGAUUUAUUUUGGUAUGGUUUCACUUAUUGCAUGGUCUACAUUAAUACCAUUGUCAUGCUUUCCACACAGUGUACGAGGUACAGCAAAGAUAAAAGCUGAGAAGCGUAAGCAGCCUCAUCAAUUCGGUGGACAGAUUAAAGAUAAGGAAUUUGAAACUAGUAUCAAGGAUUUAUUUGCUACUAUUUGGGUUCUGUUGAAGAAUCCAAUAUUAAUAUGCCUAGCUCUGACUAAAGCUGCAGGAUCUUUUGUUUUUAUUGGAGCUUCUGAAUAUUUGCCUUUGUAUAUAGAAAAUCAGUUUUCGUUAACACGCUCUAUAGCAACUAAAAUUGCAGGAUUUGUUUUACUUCCAGCAGGUGGACUUGGCGAGCUUCUGGGAGGUAUCAUUGUUUCCACGUUACACAUGUCUUGUAAAGCCCUUAUGAGAUUUAUAAUGGUUACAUCUGCUGUAUCACUUAUGUUCUUUGGGUUUGUAAUUUUUAUAAACUGUGCUCCAGUACCGCUUGCUGGGAUCAAUGAAGAUUAUUCCGGAACAGGACAGUUGGGAAACCUGACAGCUCCUUGUAAUUCUCACUGUAGAUGCUCAUCUUCAUUUUAUUCUGCUAUCUGUGGAAGAGAUAAUAUUGGAUAUUUUUCUCCUUGCUUUGCAGGCUGUACACUAUUUAAAACAUUAAAUGAUAGCAAGGCAUACUACAAUUGUUCUUGCAUUCAAGAAGGAUUAACAACCUCGGAUGAGCAAGGUGAUUUUAUUGAUGCUAGACCUGGGGCAUGCAAUACAAAGUGCUAUAAAUUGCCUUUGUUCAUUGCUUUUAUCUUCUCUACGAUUUUAUUUUCUGUUUUAUCUAAUACACCAUGCACCCUGACCAUCCUCCGGAUUGUAUCAGACAAUCAACGUUCUUUGGCCUUGGGUGUGACCUAUGUGAUUUUGAGAAUAUUUGCGACGAUACCUGGACCAAUACUUUUUAAACUGGCAGGAGACUCUUCUUGUCUAUUUCGGGAGACUGAACACUGUAAAAGGAAAGGAAAUUGUUGGAGCUAUGAUAAGAAAAAAAUGGCCUACCUUAUGGUAGGAAUAUGUUCUGUUUGCAAAGUAUUCGCUAUCUUCUUCACUGCUAUUGCAUAUUGCCUGUAUAAAUAUAUAUCAAAGAGAGACGGUGACAGCCUGCAUAUACCUGUAAAGAGUCUAAAAGUAAAAAAAAAGGGAAAGAAGUGAUUUAUAAUUGGAUCAUCGAUGUGGAAGAAUUAUACACUGUCAGUCCAUCAAUGUAAUGCUAUAUUAAUAAAAUUCGAAAUAAUUACAAUAUAGUUAC